GGGGCUGGGCUUGAUGUUUGAAUUUAGAGUGAGAGAUUGGGAUUUGAUGGUGUCAUUUGAAGUUCUGAGAAAUUUGAACAGGAUGAAUGCUCUGAUGUAGAUGACUGUGGUAGCGGAAUUCGUCUUUGUAAUGGUCAGGUUCUUGGUUUUGGAUAUGAUAGGGGAUGGAGUUCGGGCUCUGGGACCUGCAUUUUCUGAAUAUUUUUUUGGGUUGGAAAUGGUUCGUGUUUUUGUUCAACUCGAGGUGUGUGGCACUUUCCUUGCUAAGACGUUUCUAUUUGUUCUUCGAAAGCAGAAGAAAAGAUGGGGUGCUUUUUGGAGCUUGUAUUGGUGCUUUGGGUCUCAGAAGCACCAGAAGCGUAUUGGGCCUGCUGUUCUUCUUCCUGAGACAAUGGGUUCCACCGGCGAUGCUCCGGCUACUCAUAAUCUGGCGCAACCAACUGCUAUAACACUUCCAUUUGUGGCACCGCCCUCCUCUCCAGCAUCAUUCCUUCAAUCCGAACCUCCUUCAGCUGCCCAAUCUCCAGCCGGUGUGUUUUCGAUGACAUCCAUAUCGGCAAGUAUGUAUUCCCCCAGUGGACCUCGCUCCAUAUUUGCUAUUGGACCCUAUGCCCAUGAAACCCAGUUAGUAUCUCCGCCUGUUUUCUCAACAUUUACAACCGAGCCGUCUACUGCUCCCUUCACCCCCCCUCCCGAGUCUGUGCAUCUGACUACGCCCUCAUCACCAGAGGUGCCAUUUGCCCAGCUGCUAGACCCCAACCUACGGAACUCUGGGACCUGUCAAGGGUUUCUGUUCCCUAACUAUGAAUUUCAGUCAUAUCAGUUUUCUCCUGGAAGCCCUGUCGGCCACUUGAUUUCUCCCAGCUCUGGCAUCUCGGGCUCGGGCACUUCGUCUCCUUUUCCUGGUUGUGAGUUUGCUGGUGGUCUCAAUGUCCUAGAGUUCCGAUCCAGUGAGCCUCCCAAGCUCUUGAACCUUGAUAAGUUGUGCACCCACGAAUGGGGAUCAAGGCGAGAUUCUGGUUCAUUGACUCCUGAUUCUGUGAGAACCAAAUAUGUAGAAGGAUACCCUUCAGAUUUCAAGGUCGCAACACAUCCAUCUGUCAACAAACGCCAAAAUGGCAAUUCAACGGUCAACAACAGAGUAUCAUUCGAGAUACCUACAGAAGAUGUGAGCCACGGGGAUGGCAAGCUUAUUGCUUCGGCAGGAAGCGCGAUCACUUGUGCAAAUAAUGCAGCUGCUGAGAGAGAGAGUAUCUGUUGUGAACUUAAAGACAGGAAUGAGGGCACUUCAGGUGCAACAUCCAGUAACGAACAAGAGGGAGCUGCCUUAGGUGACAAUGAGAAAUGGCAACAUCAUAGGCAUGGUUCUAUCACAUCAGGGUCUUCUAGAGAAUUCAAAUUCGCUAAUGCCGAUGGGAGAGACGCUCAUAGGCCCGACUUUGGCUUGGCUUGGUGGACUGGCGAAACGGUUGUUGAGGAGAGUGGAAACUGGUCCUUCCCAGUGAUACAGCCAGGUGUCAGCUAAUCGGCAGUGCUUGCUUUUGCACUCUGUUGUUGGUUGAGUCUUUGCCCAGACCAUACUAAGUCUAAAAGCUCAGGUGGGUGAAUUUUUAGUGUCUGACAGACCAUCUAUAAACUAACAAUAUACUACUUUCUUCAAGUCGGAAGAAUUUGGAAAUUAAUAGGAAGGACCAAUGCAUGUUGACCCGUAUCUGUUUUUGAGUAAACAGGGUCACCCAUGAACUUUUGUUAGGACUAGAAUAGAACAGUCUUUCCCUCACUUGUAAAGUUCAGACAGGAAAAGUUAUUGGUAUUUCCCAGGCAUCUCAAGGCUCAAUCUCAUCAUCGUAUUCAGUUGUCGUGGUGUAAAAUAGUAUGAAUAAUGAGAUUUUGAUGCUGGUUAUUUUCAAGUUCUUGUAACACAUCUGUUAAAAGAGGGAUUGAAGGAGGGUUGAACCCUGAGAUUUUGAAAGACCUAUGGUCUGUCUCUAUUUUGAGUAUUCCUUCGAAA